AUGUCACGUAACGCCACGCCACGUAACGCCACACCACGCCACGCCACGCCACGUCACGUCACGUCACGCCACGCCACGCCACGCCACGCCACGUCACGCCACGUCACGCCAGGUCACGUCAAGCCACGUCACGCCACGUCACGUCACGUCACGUCACGCCACGUAACGCCACGCCACGUAACGCCACACGACAUCGCGCCACAUCACGCCACGUCACGCCACGCCACGCCACGCCCUGCAACGCCACGCCACGUCAUGUCACAUCACGCCACGUUACAUCACGCCACGUCACGUCACACUACGUCACGCCACGCCACGCCACGCCACACCACAUCACGUCAAAGACUAAGCAAGUCAAAAGAUUGUGAAGCUUGUCCUACUGGACAUUUCCAGCCUGUGGAAAAUGAUUCCCAAAGGUGCCAAGUAUGUACAGUCUGUGAUGAAAAAGCUGGGAUUACAGUUCGAGAGUGUACGGCAUUGAGGAACGCAGAAUGUAAGUGCCGUGACGGAUUUCUUCCCUGGGCGAAGGAUCCUGCCUCUUGCUUUUGUCCCAUCGGAUCUGGACUAAAAGGGACAGAAUGUUCAAAAUGUGAAAACGGAAAUUUCAGCAAAGCUAUCAAUUCACCCUGUCAAAAAUGGAAAGAAUGCAAAUCAGGUGUGAGUGUUAGUGGCACUGACAAAUCAGAUGUCACCUGUAAGAGUGACACUGACAGCACUACAGCUCCUACAUCAAACAAAAUUACCUCUGUAAUCAAGCACUUACAAUCCCAGCGUCCACAUGAGGGGGCCAAAACUCAGGAGAUAAAUCGGGGUCCUACUACCAGCACCACAGCCAGCACCACCACCACCACCACAGCUACUUCGACUUCUACUUCACCAAACAAAGUUAAUCCUGACACAGGCAACCACAUUGGUAAAACAUUUCCUCUUGCCUCUUCUUUAGGUAUGACUCUUCUCAUAUUUGGAAUUAUUGGACUGCUUGUUCUGACCGCUGUGACCUGCAAACUUCACAUCACUCUUUGUGAGCAGAGAAAGCCAGCAGUGCAAACAAAUGAUCUGUUGUGUCGGAGGCCAGUUGAGGAAAGCGGCGAUGACAGUCUGUCCUCUCUCAAACUAAAUCCAGGGGAGCCCUGAGGUGAAACUAAAUCUGUCAAGUAAUACUGUGAAGUUUGGAUCAGAUUAUUAUUACAUCCAUAAUUUUGGACUGAUCACAGAUAUUUAUCUUAUUAUUAUUAUUAUAAUGUUGUUUCAUUAGAAAAUGCAGCAGAAAAAAUUCUUUAGCAAACCAUUUCUUUUUAUAGCAGGCAUGCCCAGUCUGCAAUAUGUGUGGUCAAUAUUUGACAUUUGUUUGUUCUGUUUUAAUAGAAUAUUAGUGAAUUAUCGCAACAA